UGAUGGUUUGAUCUCACACGGACCGGGGGAAAGGGAUAUCCGCGAGGAACUGGCAUUAGGGAACGGGGACGAACAAACCCGCAGUCCCCGCUGUCGCCUCCAAGUCUGCGCUGUUCUUGUCUGAGGAAAUGUGGAUGAACUUGUCCUCGCCGCGUCGUUCACAGCAGCAGCGCUGAGUUUCUACGUCCGCAUGAACUCAAACCGUGGGAAGUUGUGGAUUUACCGCGGCGUUUGUGUGACUCGGUGGUGGAGCCGCUAAGGAUGGACCCUGUGCAGAAAGGAGCUUAAUGUGCCACAGACACAGAGCUACAUCUGAAAUAUGACAGAUUCACCAACUAAACACUACCCUGAGGGAUCUUCAAAGUUUUAAACUGAGAGGCAAGACAAGAAAACAAGCAAGGCUACCAAGAGAAAGGAGCAUUUCCUCAAGAGCCUAAAGGACUUGCAAUCACCACCACACAAAUGUGGACCUCCCAAAACACUGUCAUCAAACAAUUUGAGUAACAAAACAAACACAACUCAGUAUAUUCAGUAAAACGUUGUAGCCAUGUCUGAUCAUAAAGACAUGACACAUCGCCACUUGCGGCACAAGGUUCAGAGUCUUGGCCGAAGACUGGAUGAACUUGAAGAAGCUACCAACAAGCUGCAGAAGUCUGAGGAUGAGCUACUCGACCUGCAGGAUAAGAUCAUCCAGGCUGAGGGCAGCAACUCGUCCCUGCUUAGUGACAUUGAGGCCCUGAGGAAACGUCUCCUGAGGAUCCAGGGUAAAGAUGAGGAGGUCCGUAAAGCAGAGGACCUCUGUCGCACGGUCCGAGAAAAACUGGAAGAAGAGGAAUCCCUUACAAAGGAGCUCAAGGCAGAGAUUGAACAUCUUCAAAAGAGAAUGGCCGAAAUGGAGAAACUGGAAGAAGCUUUUGGGAAAAGCAAAUCUGAUUGCAGCCAACUCUGCCUCAACCUAAAUGAGGAAAAAAACUUGACCAAGAAGCUGUCGUCUGAGCUGGAGACUCUAAAAGCCCGCUUGAAGGAGAUGGAGGGGUCUGAGACAAAGCUGGAAAGAGCCGAGAAGGCUUUGGCUGUGGAGCUAGAGAAACUUAAAGGUUUUGCCCAUACAUUUGAAAAUGAGCGUAAGAGGCUACUAGAGAAACAGAGGGAAGACGAGAAGAUUAUUCUGAAGCUGACAGAAAAACUGGAGCACCAGAAAAAUCGCCUAGGCAUGUCGGCUGACCCUGGUCGGGCAGAUUUCAUGCGGUCACGGAUUGAAGAUGAGCUUUCAUCGACGGGGCUCCUCACAAGUAAACACAAGAAGAACCUUGACUUCUUCAAGUUGCCUGAAGACAACAUUGGUAUUGUGAACAAAUCUGAAAAUGAGAAGAACAGUGGUCUUGAUGGCUCAGGACAGGAGGAGGACAACAAAGUAAAGGAGUUGACACAAGAAGUGGAGAGGCUGAAGAAUCGCCUCAAACAGCUAGAGAUAGUGGAGGAAGAUUUGAAGAACUCGGAGUCCAAAAAUGGAGAACUGCACGACAAGUUCCAGAUGGAACAAAACCGUGCCCGCCAGUUGAGUGAGCAGGUGGAACAGCUCAGGACACAGCUGGGCGGAAAAGGUGGGAUUGGAGGAAAUGGGUCCAGUAACGUGGAUAAACAUGGCAAUGGAAGCAGUAACAUUUGCCCUGCUAAUGUCGUGGAGAAUGGCAAAGCUGAGAAUGAGGAGAUUAUUGUGAAGGGUAGUUUCAGACAGGAGAAGCCUAAAUAUAGGAGUCCUGCAACUUACUCCGAACCAAGCUCCUCCAAGCACAGGAACAGAGAGCAUUCUCCACAGCAUAAAAGAGAGAACAAGCUAAGGAGCAAAGAGCUGAGCCAGUCUGAGGAAAGCUCUCCUCAGUCUGUGAGGAGAGCCCUCAGUCCUGCUCCCAAGAGCAGGAGGACACCCAAAACUCCAAACACUGCAAUAUUAUCAGAUAACGGAAUAAGAGACACAGGACGAGGAACUGAGGAGAAAACUAGAGGAGCCACUUUUAGCUCUGUGAAUGCACCUUCUAGUGAUAUUAAAAAGAUGCCCGUUCUGAGUCGCUACCCUCCAGCUGCUAAUGACCAGAAGCCUCUGAGGACAACUCACAAACAGCCUGAUGUGGAGACAAAAAAGAGCAAAGUAGAAAAGUUUUCAAAAAAGUAUAUUGGUAGUGAUAGUGAAUCAAACAACUCAGAUGUAGUGCCUGAUAUCUCCAGCAAUAUCAACAGUAUCCCUGCACUAGAGAAGGACACAGCGUCUGCCUCCGAUCAGGAAUCAAUAGACCAGGUUCAGGAAUCUGUCUCCUCCACACUGUCCAAAGCCAAUGGAUCGUACGCAGCUUACAGAUCACAAGUCGGUCCUCUGCAGACCAGUGACCAAGGUUCUGAGGGUCACUCCUCUGCCUCGGAAACUGAAUCUACUGGGUCAAGGCCUUCUGAACCAGAACCUGUGCCUGAGACAACUUCUUCAACCACGAGCAGUAGGACUACAGCUUCUAGAUACGCUAGAUACACCCAUGACAUGCAUUCAGAAGGCUCUUCGUGUCGCAGUUCGUUCGAUGAGGAGCUCCACAGCAGAGCACCUGUAGCAGAUGGGAGCCAUCAGGGGCCUACACACACGCUGUCGGGGCUUGAAAUCCAGCGAACGUGCAGCCCACGUGAGGCACUGAGGUCAAGAGCCGUCAUCAAACCUGCCAUUGUUGAAAUUGACAGGAAAGAAAUGAUGAUCUCGGAACCUCUGUCUACCAACGGCAAACCCAAAAUCUCCACCAAACCAAUCGUGACCACGACAAGUAAGAUGACCAGUACUAUAACCAUCUAUCCCAAUGACCCGUGCUCUUCGAGAACCAGCAGCCGCAGCAGCAGUGUGUGCAGUGAACCCAUGUCUGUCAGAGAGCGGCACACUUCCACCAGUAAUAUCCUCAUCGGCCACAGCAACGAGCACCAUGGCAGUAUUUCCGUCCCAUAUGAAAUCUCCAUCCCCAAAAGUAAGAUCACUUUGCAAUCGUGCCAGGACCAGGACUGUGGGGCAGAUGAACUCAGCGAUUCCUCCUCCUUAAGGUCCGAACUCCACAACACAUCCAGAGUGGAGACAAAUGCCAGUCAUGUGUGCAGCAAUUUCAGCGUCAGGUCCCCGGACCCCACAUCUGACUCGGAGUCGGUCUUCGAGAGUAGCAGCAGCACCACCACGGUCACCAGCUGGAGGAGCCAGCACUCUCAUGAAAGCAGUUUACCCGACACCAAGAAUGUGACCGUGAGAAGCACCUGGAGAACCAGAGGCUCUCCUUCGGUGGAGGAGACGGGCCGAGGGAGAGGGGCUGCUCGGGGGAUGACCGACGGAGGGUCUGAAGAUGAGGCUGAAGCUGCGACAACGUGGAGAGCUUACAGGGCGAUGACAUUUGACACAGAAGAAGCAAUGAACAGUGUUGCUGCAGCGCAGAAAGGAGCCAAGCCGUCGCCAGCAGAGGUGUACAUGCGUCGGAUCAACAACGUGGUUAGUAGCACCAGGGAAGUGGAGGAACCAGCGUCACGCAGAGGCAAGCCCUCUCAGACGCCUUCUGUGGAAACAGGAGGCAUGGGACGGACCGUCCCCCACGCACCAGUGACCUCACAGUCCUGGGGACGUUCAUACACACAACAACCAGUGGCUGCUGAUAGCGUAGACCCCACUCCAAACCCGAGCCACAGCCCGGCGUCCUGGAGACGACAGCCACCCAGCGGUGACUCGCCCCACCUCGGGAGCUCGUAUGACCGUGCGGCCAAGUCAACAGGACCGUCCUCUCGAGGAGGGGACCUGUGGUCCGGUCGCGGUGGUCAGGGGUCAGGGACCAGAACAGAUGGAAGGAGUGGGGCAGGGAGUCGACCAUGGAGCCAGCGACAGCCUGAUUACCAUUAGGCUGUUUUGGGUCUGAGCAGCAAAGAGGACAGCUCCAUUCAGCUCUCAAUGGCAAAAGCAGAGCCAAACACAAGUCUCCCAUCAUCUAAUGGCUACAACUAUUACCACUACGUCCAGCCCAGACAACAUCUGCAGCUUUUAUAACCAGCAAAGACGAGGGAAAAAAAAAAAGGCAGUUACAGCCGCACACGACAAUAAACCACAGAUCUGACCCUGAGCGUACACGAAGACGUGAACCGCUCUUCCUAUCCGGAAGUUGUUUUUUUUUUGUCCCCAAAGAGGCAUAAAAUGGAAAGACAGCGUCUGCGUCGCCUCACCAGCCCGUGUGUCCUCUUCUGCUUCUUUUAUUGGAUGUAUUAUAGUGUAAUCCUGAACUUUGACAAGGGAGAGGCUGGCAUGCUGGGGACGACUGGAGAUUUCGUUUUCUGACCCGCCAGCGAGGGUUUAAAGAGAGUUGGAGGAAGAUGGACUCACGACAGUGAGAGUGCCUUUUCUCAGAGGACCAUUACAGCUGAAUAUACAGUACAUGUCACUUUUGAAUCACGAUUUCAACUCUUUGCCGAUCACUGAGGGCCUGGAUCUUCAUGCAAACUCAUUCACAAACUAAGGAGGAGGAUCUUUACCUUACAUGUGACCAAAAACAGGAAGCGAACAUGCAUCACAAAAUAUUCACCUUUUCUCUCCGUCUAACCAUCUUCUCGUCUUUCUGGUGAUUUUUCCACACACAUAAAUACGUGUGUAUAUAUAUAUAUAUAU